UUCGAAGCGCAAUUGAACUAGUUCACACUCAUAAGCACGAGCAGAUGUCGUCAAUUCAGAACAUCUGACCAUUGCUUACGAUGAGCUGGCAGACAAAGUCCACUGCUUAGCGCAUAGAUAAGCCGGAUAGGCCGCGUUUUUCAAUUUCACUUUCGAGUUGUGAUCGCAUCAUUCGUCAGAUACAUUUGGACGCUCGAUCGAAUCGCAUUAGCUUCGAGUUUGUUGGGCUUUAGGUGGAAUGUUGUCACAGGGAUUAAGACGCGCCGUAUCGCUGCUGACCUCACGGACACUUGUCCGUCGCCAGCUGAGCGCACGCAUCGUGGAUGCGACCUAUGUCGAGCUGCAGCCGGAUAAGGCGGGCGCCACAACGCUGACCUUUCCGGGCGUGUGGCUGCGCGACAAUUGCCGCUGCCCGACCUGCUUCCACAGCAGCUCGCAGUCGCGCCAGUUGGACUGGAAUCAGUUCGAUGCUAGCGUGCGCCCGCUGGCGCUGCACAUGGACGCCGCGCAGCAGCAGCUGCACGUGCGCUGGAGCGAUGAGCACGAGAGCAGCUACACGCUGGACUGGCUGAGGCAACGCAGCUUCGAUGCGAGCAGCCAGCGCAGCUACCUCGACGACUUCUAUAGGCCGCGCACGAGGCACUGGGCGGGCGCUGAGUUUGAGCAGAUCGCACAGCGCUUCAACUACGACCAGGUGAUGUCCGAGGAUGAGCCACUGCAGCACUGGCUGCAGGCGCUCGCCGUUUACGGCGUCGCACUGCUCAACGGCGCACCGCUGGACGAGGGCGUGGUGCGCCGGCUAGCCGAACGCGUCGGCUUCAUACGUCGCACCACCUACGGCGAGGAGUUCAUUGUGCAGGCCAAGCCUGGCGCCAAGAACUAUGCGUACCUCUCGCUGCCGCUGCCCCUGCACACGGAUCUGCCCUACUACGAGUACAAGCCCAGCGUCAACAUACUCCACUGCAUGGUGCAGACCAAGUCGCGCGGCGGCAGCAACCUGCUCGUGGAUGCCUAUCACAUAGCGGAUCGCCUGCGCGAGGAGCAUCCGCAAGACUUUGAGCGGCUCAGCCGCACGCUCGUCGACUGGAACGACAUUGGCAGCGAGGAUGGUCGCGAGUUUCACAACAUUUGGCGUGCGCCCGUCAUCUGCCUGGAUGCGGCGGGCGGCUACACGCGCAUCAACCACAGCGUGCCGCAGCGGGACAGCCACUUCAAUGUGCCGCUGGAUCAGGUGCUGCCCUGGUACGAGUCGUACGCUCGCUUCGUGCAGCUGGCGCGCGCCGAUGCCUACUCCUUCAAGACGCAGCCCGGCGAUGUGCUCACCUUCAACAACAUCCGCCUGCUGCACGGCCGCACCGGCUACGAUGACACCGAGCAGAACUCGCGUUAUAUUGUGGGCGCCUAUCUAGAUUGGGAUAUCAUAUAUUCGCGGCUGCGCGUGCUUAAAAAGCGUUCAGCCAGCUCCAGCUCCAGCUCCAGCUCCGGCUCCAGCUCCAGCUCCGGCCCCACUGCCUCCGCUAGCUAAAUGCGCCAAUAAAAGUCAGCGACAUAUUUUCCAAGCCAUUUGCGUUGAGCUCAUUUGAAUAGUUGCGCGGCCAGCACAUAUGCCUGCCACGCCCAUGUUGCAUGUUGUUCUUAUGCCACAAACCAAAGGAAGGAGCAAAACUGGCAGAGGCAAAAAAUAAAUCCAACGGCAGUUAAAGCAGCUCAAGCGCGAAAAUGAAAAGUUGUAAAAAAUCAUGAUGAUCCGGGGCGCGUUGUUGCGGAUUAUUAGCAUCAGGAUGCUGACAAAUCGCUUGUGCAGAUGAUUGACAGUCGCAGGAUGUCAAAUGCGUCGGCAGGGGACGGCGA